AUGGCCCCCAGCCUCACAUCGAAGCGUACCUCCAAGCGCUACUCAACCUACUCUGCUUCUCCCUCCUUUGCCACCACAACAAGCAACUACUCGAAUGCACAGACUCUCGUUUCCGGCUCUGGCACUGCCAAUAUUACCGUCAGUCCCGAAACGGGCAUGGCCGAAAUCCGCCAUCUCACACAGGGUCUGGACAGGCUGGAAAACAAGCGUCUAUCGCAACAGCGCUUCGUACCCUCGCAGAAAAAGUCUGAUGACUUGAGCAAACUGAGCUUGGGCGCAAAAGUCGAGCGCGCACUGGGCAGAAGAAUGUCAGAUCAAGAUGCCGUCCUCCGUGUAAAGCGGCCUGUGGCAAAGAAGACCAGUCCAUUCACUGUUAUUGAUGAAAAGGCUGCUCUCAAGAUAUGA